GCGGGCUACCGUCUCAAUGAAUACCAUUGCCCGUAGGCAGCGUCGAGGGCCUGUCCGGACGCUGUCGUUCUCGCAGGCAUGGAGGAUGCCGGAACCCACGACGCUUGUAGCCCCGACCUGCUUUACCUAAAGUCGUCUUUCCUGGCCAUGGAGCCCGCAGAUUACUUCAUCUCCUUAGCCAGACAAUCUGAUGGAGGAUCUAUUACGGAAAGGGUUCAAACUUUCAUUUUGGAGCAUUGUAUAAAUAGUAUUGAGGACAAGGGAACUGCAUGUAACCUAACAUAUAUGAAAAAUAUUCUUAAAAAGGUUAUUACCGCUGCUGAAUCAACCCAUGAUGUUGUGGUGGAGGGCUUGUAUGAACAAUUAGCUUAUUAUCUGACUUCACAUAUGGAUGAUGACUUGCUGAUCGAGAAGAAUAGAAUCUACAGGCAGAUUUCUUUUCUUUGCUCCAGUGGUCAUGACGAUAAAUGUUUGAAUUCAAUGAACUUAGUAGUUCCACUGCAAUGUUCUCUCAAUAUGCUUGAAGGAGAUACUGGGUGUGCUCUUUGGCCCUCAAGUCUUUUCUUGUCGGAGCUGAUACUUUCUUAUCCAAUGACUUUUUCCAAUAAAUUUUGCUUUGAGGUUGGUUCUGGUGUCGGGUUGGUUGGUGUUAUUCUCAAACAUGUUGGAGCAUCCAAGGUUAUCCUUUCUGAUGGUGACAUGUCAACUCUGGAAAACAUGAAGCUUAAUCUGGAAUUGAACCAUUUGGCUUCUGAAACCAUGGCAUCACAGAGAAUAUGUGAAAAUCCAAACAUGGUUGAGUGUAAACAUUUGCCAUGGGAAUCGGCCUCUGAAAGUGAGCUUCAAACCUACCACCCUGACAUAGUCUUGGGUGCAGAUAUAAUCUAUGAUCCGCUGUAUGUGCCACAUCUUAUUCGAGUGCUUUCAGUCCUUUUGAGGCCACUGAAAUUUUGCUCAUCCGAACGAAAAGCAGGUGACUUAAGCUGCUACAGAUGUACUCGAACCACAGAAGAUAUGAAUGGUGAUAAUUCACCGAAUGAGGCAAAGGAAGCUCCAAAUGCAUAUAUAGCUGCAGUCAUCCGGAACAUGGAGACAUUUAAUUACUUUCUCAAACUAGCUGCUGAAGCUUCUCUCUCUGUUCUUGAUGUAACUGCGACAAUGAAACCAAAAAACUUGCUACCAUACAUGUUGUCAUAUGACCGAUCUAGUGUACAUCUUUACCAAGUGUCAUUUUCAUGCAUUUGAGAUUUUGAUAUUAUCCAUUAAACGAUGUAGAAACUUUCCUAUCUGUUUUCUUAAGGAGAACAAGAAAAUGCCAAGUGUCGUCGAAGCAUGUCUACAAAUUGGUUGAUAUUCUAACCAUGCUGAAAGUCUGACUGGGGAGGAACACACAGGUGCUACUCUCCACACUGAGUCCUAUGAUGCGCUUGAAGGGUUCUCCGCUUCUCCAUAGACUGAAGUAAGGACAAGAGCAUAACACAAGCUCAAACCUCAUGGAUGAGGAUAAUAGGCAGGACAAGUGAAGGAGUUAUGGAAUCAAUUCACAGCCAUAAACUGUUGUUUCAUAUUUCAUUUUCUUCUGUUCACCUUAACAAAGAGAAUAUCAACAAAAGCUACGCACCUUAGCCUAUCUUCCCAAUGAACAUUAGUUCUAAAACUAAGUAUUCAUCUGGCCUGAGCCUAGAUGAAUAGUUAUUAUUGAUAAAA